UUCUCUCCUUUUCUUCCCUCUAUCUAUCCAUCCAUGCUCAUACGCAGCACCAUACCAUCAUCCUCUUCUUCUCGAUCCUUCUCUUGUUGAGAAGAAGAAGAAAGGAAAGCUACACAAGUCUUGUACCGAGAAACAGAGAGGGAAAAGGAAAAUUUUGCGCCAUGGAUUCAGCUGCAGCUGUGACGACGACGACGGAAGCCGCAGUGAACGGCAAGGAGUCAUUGGUUGAUUCCUUCUUGGUUGAGGCUCUUCAGAACCCUCGUCAUCGUCUAACCAUUCUUCGGAUGGAACUUGAUAUCCAGAGGUUUUUGCAAAAUCCUGAGCAGCAGCAGUUUGAAUUUCAACAUUUUCCUACUUCCUAUCUUCGACUGGCAGCACAUCGUGUUGCUCAACACUAUGGCCUGAUAACAAUGGUUCAUGAUAUUGGCUUAGAUGGUCAAGGAAACAGAAUUGUGGCCAAGAGAUCCAGCGAUAUCAGAUACCCAGCCGUCCGUCUGUCUGAAAUUCCAACCAAACUUUCAGAAACUGAUAAACCUGAGCAGGUUAAAAUUGUCAUGAGGCCUAGGCCAAAUAAGGGGUCAAUGAAUGAUGCUACUGAAAUUGGGACCAAACGAAGUCCAGUGAGAAGUGUUGAAGAGAGGAAGGAGGAGUAUGAUAGAGCUCGAGCCCGCAUCUUUAGUAGUCCUCGCAGUCCCAGUGCAGAUGAUUCUUUGUCUAAGGAUCCUGCGAAUGGGAAAAAUGUGUGUAUGAGCAGGGAUGAGAAUGAAGGGUCCAGGAAUUCCAUGUCCGAUUCAGAUAAAAAUGUCAGUUUUAGGGAUGCUACUGCAUCUCGAGUUGCCAUUUUCAGAGAUAGGGAGAAGGAUCGCACUGAUCCAGAUUAUGACCGAAGUUAUGAGAGGUAUGUUAGGAGCCUUCCAGCUAAUCAGGGCUUUGGCCUGGCUCCUUUCAACAUGCAGAAGAUUCAGAUUCCAUACCCACAAUAUGACACUGCUUUUCCUCAGAUGCCAAGGACUCAAGCUUCCCUCAGCUAUGUGCCUCCUGCAAACCCGGUUGCAAACCCCUUUUCUCCCGUGGGCUUGAAUCACACACCUGGAGAUGGUGCCUAUAUCCAAUGGCCAAAUGCUACAAUGAUGUAUGCCCAAUCAUACGAGCAGUUUAGACAUGUUGCUUUUCAGGCUCCAUUCUGUCACCAACCUCUAAGCUUUGGGUAUUCUCAGAACCAUUAAAUGAUAGUUAGGUGUGCUGAAGUAUCAUACAUGCAGAAUAUGUUGCUGCUUAGGAUUGCAUUGUUGGUAGGUUCAUUGUUGAAGGACUUCCUUUUUGUUGUUUUGGUUUUAUUCAUCUAGUUUGUGUGCUUUUUUAUAUUUUGGAUCUUAAAUGGUAACGAGAUUCAAUGAUGAGUUUCUCUCCACCAGUCUUGAUCCGUCCUUGCCUUGGAAUUAAAGUACGUAGCUGAAA